AAUGGAGGUUGUUUUGAAUCGGCGAGACUGCCUAGCCAAUCAGGCCGGUCUCGUGUUGAGCUAGCGCGAGGCUGAGCGCAUGGGGUUUAAAGAGGAGAGAGAAGGGAAGACAGUGGCGAGAUUUCAAUCAACUCAACAACACAGAUAUAUAAAAAAAAAAAUACAGCACAAGAGAAGACUUUAGUGGACUUAAGCCCCUCUCACUCUAACGAAAAUGGCAAAAGGGGACCCCAGGAAGCCCAAGGGCAAGAUGUCUGCCUAUGCCUACUUCGUUCAGACAUGCCGAGAGGAGCACAAGAAGAAAAGCCCUGAGAUUCCGGUCAGCUUUUCAGAAUUCUCCAAAAGAUGCUCUGGAAGAUGGAAGGCAAUGUCCGAUAAAGAGAAAUCCAGAUUCGACGACAUGGCCAAACAGGAUAAGGUGCGUUAUGAUCAAGAGAUGAUGCACUACAUGCCUGGAAAGAGGGGCAAAAAGAAGGAUCCCAAUGCACCCAAGAGACCUCCCUCUGGAUUUUUCUUAUUCUGCUCGGAUCAUCGUCCACAAAUCAAGGCUCAGUAUCCCAGCCUGGGUAUCGGAGAUGUGGCCAAAAAAUUAGGCGAACAGUGGAACAGCCUCACAGAUUCCAACAAACAACCCUACCUGAUAAAGGCCAACAAGCUGAAGGACAAGUAUCAGAAGGAUGUUGCAGACUACAAGACGAAGGGUAAGGUUGGGAGUGUGUCCAUGCCCAUGCCCGUGCCCAUGGGAAUGAUGGCGAAUUGUAUGGCUCCAAAACCCAUGAUGAAGGGUAAUAUGGAUGAUGAAGAUGAUGAUGAGGAGGAGGAAGACGAGGAAGAGGAUGAUGAUGAAUACGAUGAUGAUGAAUAGACUGUCAUUUUUGUGUGUUUGAUCAAUUAUGAUUAUAUUAACUACCCCCCCCCCUCCCCCAGUAGAUACGGAAUACACUGGUGGUCUUUCAUAGCCAGAUGUUGUUUUAAUAGAGGUGGAUUUUUUUUGUACUGUUGGCGAGAGACUAAGGGGGCGUUUACACGACACCAUUUCAACUAAAAACAGAAAACUUUUUAUGCGUUAUGACCAUUCAUUUACACGACAACGCCGUUUUAAAACAUUUGAAAAUGGGAUUCAAAUUGCACGUUUUUGAAAACGAUACCAUCGUUGUCUCAACGCAAAUUUGUGAAAACAGUGACGCCAUACGUGUUCAGUCUAUAGGUGCGUAGUCUUUCUUUAGAAAGUGAUAUCGCCGACUACUGGCCUGGCAUGCAUACUACAACAUCAUUAGUCGCAGAUCCAUGCGAACAGGGAUUGUUUUGACAACGUCGCCUGUACGCGAAAAACGCAAAGGAAAACUUUUUUUGUGUUUAGUAUAUCAUUGUCGUGUAAACACCCUAACUACCACAGUUUCUUACCUCUAGCUUUGUGUGUGUGUGAGUGCAUGUGCACAUGUCAAGCUCUCACUUCAUCAUGAUAGCCCAGUGUCUUCCUAGCCCAUGUUUGUAUCCUUUUACCAAUUGUAUAACAAAAGGCCUUUACACAAGUAAUACCCUUUCUGUAUAUGUAAAUCCCUGACCUAUAUUUUUCUUUUUGUUUAAGAGGUUCCUGAGUGUGUAGCUCUGUAUAUGGUUGACACUGAGUAGAUAUUGUUUAUGACUGUAAUAUGUUGCAUGUGGAAAGGUGUCACAGUUUCAUACUGUGCACCGAUAUCAGACAUUUCAUGCUGAACCCAUCAUUAGUUUCUUCUUCCUUGUACAGUUUAGGAAAAAAAAAAAAAAAUCAGUGCAAAAGAGCAGUUGCCACCAGCACGUCAGUUAGUCCUGUUGCAGGGGUGUGUGCUAUAUGUUGUUUACUAUACUAUAUAAGAUAUUAGCACAUACAAGAUCAGUGUAGGAAAGAUAUUUAUAUUAUCUUUCCUAUAUAUUAACUGUUGUGUGAUCUAGGUAUGCACCAAUGUAGAAAUACUGAUUUGUGUAAAAUGUGGUCAAAAUGUUACAAUAUGAAGCAGACAAGGACUAUUAGCACUAUUGAAGUAUGGCAUAAAAAAAGUUUAAUGUUAGCAUUUGAGGGAAAAAAAAAAACAACCCUGAUAGUAUUGAAACAUAAAACAUAUUGGCCAAUAUUGAUAUGGUCACUGUAUGGUGCAUCCCUAGUUUGAUCCUUAUUUUUGUUGAAUAUAAAGUAAGAAACAAUGCUGAUGAUAAAUCUGUACUUAUCUGUAUCUAUGAUUUUCAUUUUAUAUGUUUGAGGUUUGCAAUUAAAUUGAAACAUUUUUAA